CUCGACUAAUAUUUCCAAUAUACUGAAAAUCACGUCGCAGCGUUGGACCGCACCUUAAUAGGCACCUCAACAUCCACAACCGCUGCCGGAAACCCAGAUCACCCUAGUGUGCAUCACACCAUGGCGGACCUCUUAAACACCACUACGGUGGUUAUGAAGCACGUGUUGGAAACAAAGACGCUGCCGGACGCGGCGCUGCUGAAGAUGCUGAUCAGCCAGCUGCUGGGAUACGCCAUCCUGGCUGGCGCCUGCAUCACCAAGCUGCCCCAGAUCCUCCUGAUCCUGCAAGCCAAGACCGCGGAGGGUCUCAGCCUGGAGAUGUUUGAAAUCGAAACCUACACGCUCCUCGUCUCAGCCCUGUACGGCUACACCCAGCAGCUGCCGUUCAACACGUACGGUGAAUCUCUGAUCCUUGCCGUACAAAACGCCGCCAUCCUGGCCCUGGUGUACGGCUACAGCCGCGUUCCGGUUGGCCGGCGGUUGGCGGUUACAACGGCUUACGUGGCGUUGGUGGUUGGUGUGCUGUUGGGCCACAUCUCCGCCGCCUCCAUGACCACGUUUGCGGAGGCCAACACGGUGGUGGUGAUGCUGUCGAGGCUGCCGCAGGUCUUCAAGAACUUCUCCUCGGGCUCCACGGGCGCACUGUCCGGCCUCACCACCGCCAUCAACGUGGUGGGCUGCUGCGUACGGCUGUUCACCACCCAGCAGGCGGGCGGCGGGGCGGCGAUGAUGCGGGGUUAUGUCGUCAGCCUCAUCAUCAACGCUACGCUGCUCGUACAAAUCAUCUUGUACCGCAAGAAGACGGCUGCCGUACUGGCGGCGCAACGGGCGAAGGCAACUGCUGCCGCUGCUGCGAAGGAGACGAAGAAGGAGAAGUAGAGGAUAGAGCAUGCCGCGGCUGGGAAGGGGCCGUCAGCUUUUCAUUCCGCUCUGCAAGACGUUUCCGGGGGGGGGCCUUUGUUGUCCUCGCAGUACUGGGAUGUUGUGGAAAGAGGAAUAAGACUUACGGUGGAAUUGUGUUGGGAGUUGUGUUGACAUGAGGUUGAGUUUUUGGGUUCUAUUGGUGGUUGAAGGGCGGCUUUUUGUUGGAUUUCGGGUUGUACCCUGAUGUACCGCUCUCCCCCGAGGCACGUUGCAGUAGCGGAUGGCAAGGCCUGUGGGUGGGGUGGGGCAGGGAGGUAUGGUGCAUAGGCCCCAACAUGCAUGGCGGUAAGAGGCUACACGGAGAGACGCGGCUGGUGGUGCAUGCCAAGUUACUGCAGGAGGCGCAUGUGCUGCAAACGCACAACAUUGGGCACAUCACAUCAGAGGGGCCGUUUAGGGAUUUCACCUCUGCCUCAUCGCCUGACUGUCUUAUCGAGCAGAUGAGGUACCGGUACCGCCCUACCAGGUACCGCAACGUGUUUUCUAUUCCGUGCAGAUGAGGGGACAUGUGUUGAAGCGGGGGCACAGCGCUCACUGCUUUUGCUUUAUGGUAAUUUUCAGCUAGCCCCAG